AUUGUCUCCAUAAUAUGAUCCAAUGUGCGCCAUUAUCCUGGUAUUGGACUGCCCCCAAAGGCCGAAGAAACCAGACCAGAUCCAACCUUUUUUCUUAAUGCUACUAACAAAAAAAAAAACCCACACUUUAGUUAUAGUGUUCCCAAACAAGGCUCCAUAAAAUCCAAUCAGCGCUAUUCUCUUUCCUUCCAACUUUCUUCUCCCAAAACACACUGUGAACGGCAUAUGAUUUGCGGCGAAAAACCACACAAAAAUCAACAGCGGAACCAGGUUUUUCCAACUCUUCCUUGUGUAUAUAAAGCCAUUUCCUCCCCUCCAAAAAACCCCAAAUUUUAAGAGAAGAAAGCUCAUCCAGAAUUGAUUUUUAGUCAACGGUAUCUCCCUAUAAGUAUGGAUUUCUCUUAUUUCUCUUUUCCUUCCAAAAACUCGUCUCGAUGUCCCGUUGAAUGGAUUCCGUUCUCGCCCCUUCUUCCACGUCAUCUUUCCCUUCUCCUCUGAAUAAUAAUAAUAAGAAGAAGAAUUAUUAUUAUUAUAAUUAUUGUAAUAAUAAUAAGAAUAAGAAUAAAUCUCGCUUUUCGGUGCCAUCGAGUGCUGGAAUCUUCAAUUUGAGAAAGUUCACUACGGUUAGUUUCAGUUACGGUUAUCGUUGCGGUCGUCGUUUGAGUAGCAGGAGUUCCGGUUGUUCUAAGAUCCAUUGUUCGACACCCGCUGUCAUGGCUUCCUCAGAGUCUGCUGCUUCGCCCGAGAUUUCAAAGCCUAAGAUCGUGACCGGUCCUGGGGGUUAUGUUCUUGAAGAUGUUCCUCACUUAUCGGAUUACAUCGCUGAUCUUCCUACUUAUCCCAAUCCCUUGCAAGACAAUCCGGCAUACUCAGUUGUUAAGCAAUAUUUUGUUCAUGUAGAUGACACCGUUCCUCAAAAGAUUGUUGUUCACAAGGAUGGUCCGAGAGGAAUACAUUUCCGACGAGCUGGACCACGUCAAAAAGUAUAUUUUGACUCUGAUGAAGUUCAUGCCUGUAUCGUGACGUGUGGCGGUCUUUGCCCUGGACUCAACACUGUGAUUAGAGAGAUAGUAUGCGGCUUGCACCAUAUGUAUGGUGUGAAGAAAGUACUGGGGAUAGAUGGAGGAUACAGAGGGUUUUAUGCUAAAAAUACCGUGCACUUAGAUCCCAAGGUUGUCAAUGAUAUCCAUAAACGUGGUGGAACAAUCCUUGGGACAUCAAGAGGUGGGCAUGAUACCUCUAAGAUUGUUGACAGCAUUCAGGAUCGUGGAAUUAAUCAGGUUUACAUUAUUGGAGGAGAUGGAACCCAGAGAGGUGCAGCUGUUAUAUUUGAGGUCAUUUCUUUAAUAGAAUGUAUGCACAUUGAUAUACUAUGUGAAUUUGUGUAUGUUAAAAAAAAUUUAUUCCACACUUUACAGGAAAUUAGAAGGCGUGGUCUCAAAGUUUCAGUUGCUGGAAUCCCUAAAACCAUUGACAAUGACAUCCCGGUUAUUGACAAGUCCUUUGGCUUUGACACUGCUGUUGAGGAGGCUCAGCGGGCCAUUAAUGCUGCUCAUGUUGAAGCUGAAAGUAUUGAGAAUGGUAUUGGUCUUGUGAAGUUGAUGGGUCGCUACAGUGGUUUUAUUGCAAUGUAUGCUACUCUUGCAAGCCGAGAUGUGGAUUGUUGCUUGAUACCAGAGUCACCCUUUUAUCUUGAAGGACCUGGAGGACUUUUUGAAUACAUUGAGAGAAGACUUAAAGAAAACGGGCAUAUGGUUAUUGUGUUGGCAGAGGGUGCAGGACAGGAACUGCUUUCUGAGAGCAUGCAAUCAAUGACACUGAAAGAUGCUUCAGGAAACAAGCUUCUCCAGGAUGUGGGGCUAUGGAUAUCACAGAGGAUCAAGGACUACUUUUCAAAACAAAGGAAGAUGCCCAUAAACCUUAAAUAUAUAGAUCCUACUUAUAUGAUUCGUGCUAUUCCAAGCAAUGCAUCUGACAAUGUUUACUGCACACUUCUUGCUCAAAGUGCUGUGCAUGGAGCGAUGGCAGGGUACACUGGCUUCACAAGUGGUCUUGUCAAUGGCCGGCAGACGUACAUACCAUUCAAUCGAAUUAUCGAGAAACAAAACAAGGUUGUGAUUACAGAUAGGAUGUGGGCAAGGCUUCUGUCUUCAACGAAUCAACCAAGCUUUUUGUGCCCCAAAGAUGUCACUGAUGAUAAGGGCGAUGAAGAACGGUCAAACCAAUUGUUGGAUAAUGGAAAUUGCAGCGAAGAGAGUUUUCUUUUCCGAGAGACAACCAAAUAAGGUUGGUAGUUUACCACUGCUAAUGUGUAGCGCAUAGCUACAAUAGCCAGCUGCCUAGUGUUCUUCCACGAGUCCUGAAUGAUUCUGUUGUGUAAUAUUCGGCAGUUUGAUUGAUUUCUAUCACUUGGUAAAGCCCAAGGGUAACUCUUAUAUUUUUAUUACUCGUUAUGUGCUGUAAAGGUGUCCAUUUAUGAUGGCAAUCUUGAAUGGAAGUAAUAAUUUCUGUUGUGCUUAUAUCUCA